AUGAGCUUUCUAAGACUAGGCCGGGCUUUGCCUUUGUCUUUGUCUCUGGCGUCACGUUUCUCACCUUCCGUCAUUCGAGUCCCCUCUGCUCGACUAGCCUUGUCCCUUUCUCUGCCUCGUUCUCAACCUCUCCGAAUGGCUUCCAGUGCACCCGCAGCACACUUCGCCGAGGGUGAAGACCCGCAACAGCUCGGCCCUGACACCGAGAUGCUGCAGCAACAAGGCUGGGCGCUGGAUGGUAAUGGGAUGGGCGUGACUAAGACCUUCCACUUUAAGAGUUAUUUCAAGGCUGUGUCCUUUGUUAACCUGAUCGCGUCCGAGAGUUCGUCCAAGAAACACCACCCCACUAUGACCGUGCGCUUUGGUUCCGUUGAUGUCCACUGGACCACGCAUCACCCACGCGGCCUCACCCACAAGGAUAUCACAAUGGCCCGGCAUUGUGAUCAUGGAGCCAGUCUGAUGGGUGCAGUCGACUCUGGGCAAGGAUUGAAGUGUGGGCCAUCUGCCUGA